AUGGAUCGGCCCUGGACAGUCAAACAGCCUUCUUUGGUGCAGCAGUGCUCUCAAGUGCAGAGCAAAGUGACUGUUGGUAUUGCCUUGUACUGCUUUACGUACGACCGCUGGAUUGGCAAGUUACUUUACCUAGAGGACUUUUAUGUCAUACAAGCUUACCGAGGUCUAGGUAUUGGAGCUGAAAUGCUGAAAAAGUUAAGUCAGAUAGCCAUCAGAAGCCAAUGUAACUGCAUGCACUUUCUUGUUGUCAUUUGGAACCAGGGCUCUAUUGACUACUGCAUUCAUCGAGGGGCUUUAGAUCUUUCCUCUGAAGAGGGUUGGCAUCUGUUCAGGUUUAACAGAGAACUCAUGGAUAUGGCAAAGGAAGAGUGA